AUGGCGUGGUUGGCUGUACUGAAGAGCAUCGACGCGGUGGAGAAGGAGCUGGACCCGAUUGCUUUCUCCAGUUUAGAUUUAGGAUCCUUUGUGCAAAAAAAAAAGUGCUCAUUCACUCGAACAGUUUCCAUCGGAGGCAGAAUUAUUGCUGGAACAUGGCACAGUGACAAGAUGAAUAGGACUAUCGUUGUCCGCAGGAACUACCUCCAUUUUGUGAAGAAGUAUCAGAGGUAUGAGAAGAGGCACUCCAACAUUCCAGCUCACAUUUCUCCAUGUUUCCGCGUCAGGGAAGGAGACCAUGUCAUCAUUGGACAGUGCAGGCCUUUGCCAAAAACUGUAACGUUCAACGUUUUUGAAGGCGUUCCAGCUGGAUCCACAGGUGGCACUGGGAAGAAGGCAUUCACCGCAGCUUGAGAUUCUGAGUAGUUGUAGAUAAAGUGUUAACGCAGUAUUCGUCUAGCUUUGGUGUUUUGGCAUCUGUUGCUAGGUCAUGAAAUGUAAUCGUGCAAGUCUUGCUUAGACAGCGUUGGUUAUGCAAAACGCGGUAGCUGUUGUGCAGUGGUUGGCUGGUCCUAUGGC